AUUAUCUGUACCAUGAAAUGUGGUCAUUGACAAGAAGGACGCGUCAGAACGACACAUGCAUGAUCAUCUGAGCUGCUGCGAUUCAAGUCAGGUAUUUCGGUUCCCGAGCCGCUUCAAGGUGGACGCUCGAAGGUUAUCUCUGUUGGUGAUAACCUUCUGUUAAUCUCAAUUCAAGUUGACACGCCACAACUCUCGUCUCUGUUCAAGAUGGUAGACAUUGUUGAGAAAAAGCGAGGUCCCUCACCUCCGAAAGGUCCAGCAAUUGGUAGAGGAUCGCCAGGGAGCGGUAUCGGAAUUGAUGAAGUGUCUGCGAAUCGUAUAUGGAAAGAACAUUGUUCCAAGGUGGAGGCUAUGAUAUCUAUGCCUGGCGACUUCCAGUUUAACCCACUCACAAUGUAUGCAAUCACGGAGAAGCCGACAAAUUUCAUACCCUCUACCUUAGUGUCCAAAAGCGAAUACGAUAAUGCUCAAGAGUACGUUGAGCGCUACUCGAUGAUAAAGACAAUGGAAAAAACACCACCCGAGAAGUUUGACCUACCGCAAACAACGUCCCAGGAUUAUGGCUGGGAGAGCCAUCCUCUGGUGGAGCGCAAUCCAUUGUUCAACUACGACAACAACUCCUGUGAAAUAACCCAGUUUGCUGCCAACUACUUCGCUCUAAUGCACACGACACCCUUCAGCAAGAAAAAACCUAUCGUUGAUCUUCUUAAAAGCUUAAAGAUGCCACCUAAAAAACCUGGUGCGGUUGUUGCCAAGGAACCGCCUGCAAAGUCAUAGCCUGCUCUCCCAAAGACUCUGCCCCCAUAAAACCACCAUAUCACUUACUUGAUAUUACUUCACAUUCACCAGUACAGUUGAUAAACGUAUAGCUGCUCAUCACAAGAUUUGAAGUCAUGUAGACUGCACACAGGACAUGAAUCAAUUCUAGUUAUAUAAUGUUGUUGAGGAGCAUUAUCUUCCCUGACUUUUUCUGAAGUUAAUUUCACUAAAGAAUAACGAAUCAAAUGAGACAUUUUCUAGAAAAUUUUCUUCCAUUAGAUGUAAUUCGAUAUAUAUUACAUCUUAUAGCAGUUAUUUCAGCUUUUAGAGAUCAUUAUGUAUACAUGCCAAACUGUCACUAGAAAAUGUAAAAGUUUUCGAAAUAUAAUUUUUUAAGG